AUGUUCAGAAGCUUCAUCAAACCAACGAAACAUGGCUAGUCAGCACUUAUUACAAUUUUUGGAUCAACCGUAGAGUACCGAUCGGUCCACUAUUAUAAGAACAAUGUUGGGAUGAGGGGACGGAGCGAUUUUCGACGCUGUGUGAAUUUGAUUGGCAACAUCGUCAGGACCGACGUGCUUCAGAUCACUGCGAUUUACGCAAGUGUUGCUCGCCGGUAUCACAGUAUUUAUACUAUCUGCCUGUACCCAAAAUACCAUCCUGGAAUGAGCAAUCCUAGUUUGGAGUAUUAUGGAGUGCUCAAUCUCCAGCCAUUGAUUCCGCCCAGACGUAAAACUACAAAAAGUUUUCGUCUGACUAUUACAAUUUCAACAUGUCACCAAUCUCAGCUGGAUCUGAAAAUAGUUAUGGCGAAGUUUGUGCAAGACACAUAA